GGUCAUUUCCCCCUUUGUUCCUCAGCUUGUGGGCAGCUGUGGGGCUGACACGAGCAGCGGGAGGAAAGGGCUCUCGGCCUCUCUGCUCUCACGGUGGCUCUGCUGUCCGCGCCUCCCCGUGUUGGCAAAAGUAAGAUGUGCUGCUUGAAGAAGUAUUUCACAGAAGGACUCAUCCAGUUCACUGUACUCCUGAGUUUAGUCGGAGUCCGCGUGGAUGUGGACUCCUACCUGGGCUCCCCUCGGCCUCUCCUGGGCGAGAUCAUUUUGGGCCAAAGUUCCGCUUACACCCAGAUCCCGUUCCACAGCCUGAGGGACACCCGGAGCGGCAGCAGCCUGCACCCCAAGUGCUCGGACCUGGACUAUUAUUUCACGGCCAGGAGGCUUCUGAGCCAAGUGCGCUCCUUGGAUCGGCUCCGGAUCCCACGCACCGAGGUGAACGCCUGGUUCGCCCACCGGGAUACGGAGGAUCCCAGCGACGGGCAGCAAAACCUUGACCCGCUGAGCGGUGCCGGCGGCCCGGGGGGAGGCGGUGACGGCGCGGGUGGCGAGAGCGACAAUACCCGAGCAAACCUCGACUGUGAGCCGGUGGAGAGCCUCGAGGCGGUGGCCGCACCAAAUGCAAGUGAACUCACAAAAGAGGAUAUUGAUUUGAUCGAUGUUCUUUGGAGGCAAGAUGUAGAUUUGGGGACAGGAUGUGAGGUGGUGGGUUACAAUUAUCGAAACAAAGAAAAUGAGUGUGGAAAAUUAAAGGAGAAAGGUGAUCUGGAAAAAGACCCUGAGAAUGGUCAACAGGAGACCAGAGAUUAUCCAGCCCAUUUAUCAACUUGUGACGAGGAUAUCGGGAUCUCUGAGCAGCAAUCUGAAUUGCAACCAAGACAUCUGUUGGAAUCCAUUGCAGGCACCCAUGCAAUCUUGCCAAGUUCCCCUAAUAAUGCAAUAUUUGAUUUACAACCAAGCACUUCACAUCUGCUCUCACAGAUAGACUUCUCUAUAGAUAUGGAGCAACAAUGGCAAGACUUGAUGUCCAUCGCUGAGCUGCAGGGAAUAACUGUAAAUAAUGCUGUUCAGUCCUUGUUUGGCAACAGCACAGACACUGCCAUUGCAGUGCCUAACUACAAUCAACACUUCUCUACAACAAUCCAUCAUGAUGCAAUGCUAUCUCACUCCAGCCAUGCCUUCACUAUUUCUAGCCCAAAUGCAGACUUUUCUGAAUUUUCUGAUAGAAGUCUGAGUUUCAACAAUUCGGUGAACUCCACUUCAUCUUCAUGUUCAACGAACUUGACAAGAAUGCUAUCCACUGAAAAUUCAACAGGAACAUCAACUCGAAACCUUUCUGCUUCUCUGUCAAAUCUACUUGAUGAAGCAAUGUUGGAUGAGAUAAGCUUGAUGACAUUCACCAUGGAAGAAGGAUUUGAACCAAUGAAUACCUCUCUUGCCUCAGAAGAGCCUGAAUCUGAUUCUGGACUCUCAUUAGAUACAAGCCCUGGUUCCAGUUCUACAAACAGCUCACAGUCAUCUUCCUCUUUGUCCUCUGAUGAAGAAGGUGCUGUGGGUUACAGCAGUGACACAGAUGUGUUGGAAGGAGCAGUUGGUGGAUAUCGGCCAGAAUACAGUAAAAUAUGUCGCAUGGAUUAUCAAGAAUAUUAUCAUUCUUUGGAUUCACUUGAGCACAUAUAUCAUAAUCAUUCUUAUAACCUCUCACCAGGUGAAAUAUCUUCUAGCCAAAUAAACCACCAGGCUGUAGAAAUGAAGAGCGUGAAUGGCAAAUGUAAAAGUAGCCUAGACCUGAAUAUUACUCGAGAUGAGCAGCGAGCAAGAUUGUUGAGAAUUCCUUUCUCUGUUGAGGACAUUAUCAAUAUGCCAGUGGAUAAGUUUACCGAGUUGCUGUCUAUGUAUGAUCUUAAUGAUGCUCAAAUGGCUCUUAUCCGUGAUAUUCGUAGGAGAGGCAAGAAUAAAGUUGCUGCUCAAAACUGUCGCAAGCGCAAACUUGAACGUAUUGUCAAUUUGGAAGAUGAUGUGGAAAAUCUAAAAAUGCAGAAGGAGAAACUUCAGAAGGAUAAAAUUCAGUACAACAAGUCAGUAAAUCUCAUGAAACAAAAACUAAGUAAUCUCUACCGAGAUGUGUUCAGCAGACUGAGAGAUGAAUAUGGGAGACCUGUCUCGCCAAAUCAAUAUUCUCUUCAGUGUGGCACUGACGGUAGUGUACUGAUUGUGCCUCGCAGACUGAUGUCAUCUGAACAGAAACCAGACAAAAAUAAAAAGGAAAAUAAACACUAAUGUGAAGAUUUCUAGAUCUCACUUAAAUAACCAUUUGUGUCAUUCUGAGUUAGAACAGUGCUUGUUUGAGAUUACUCAAUGUAAAAAGGUAUAACUACUAAUUUCAAAAAUUACAUUAUAGCUGUUACCCAUUUGGAAAAAUAAUCUGUAGUGGAAAAAAUCAGUUAUGAUUAAUUUAUUGUGGUCCAUGAUCUUUGAUUAUGUACUAUAAAAUUACUUCCUUUGUUUUGCUUCUGGUCAGAAACAAAGUCCAUUACCCUGAAUUGCAAUGUUUUCUUGAAAUUAAACUUUCAGUUUUCCUUCCUCAAUUUUAACGUCCAAAGAUUUUAUGAAUACUUGAUAUUUUCAGUGAUAAGUCAACCUAAUAUCAAAACUCAGGCACAUUGAUGAUUCAGUUGACAAAGGAUUAUUUCUAUUAUGCAGUAAAGAACAAUGUUGUUUUUUUCAGAUUUGAAUUAAAUGCAAUGGGUGUGUUUGUAUAUUGUGGCAAUUUACUCGUAUGGAGGAUUUUGUGUUUUGUACGCAGAUUGGUUUUAGUCACUGAACACAUUUUUUCAUUAUCUUAUUGAAUGGCAUCAAUAUGUCACAUAAAAUGUCUUUAAUUUAUGGAUUUAAAAAAAACUUUUGGUAUUUGGUUUGUGCCGAGUGUGAUGUGUCACUGCCUGUUUUUGGUUUAUAAGUCCUGGAGGCUAUUAAAAGAAUUUACUUGGUUCUGUUUAUAUGGGCAUUUGCAGGCAAACUGGAGUUGCUGAAUAAAAUGUUUUACA